CUUUCCAGUAGAAACCGUUGGUUUCCCCUUUCAACUGUGCGCUUUGUUCUGUGCACAUACUCAAAUUGUCGGAGUAUGUCUUCCUGGAUAUUAAAUCAAAUCACGACUCCAAAGUAUCAUAGAGUAUGUCUUGCUGGAUUCUAGAUUAAAUCAGGACUCCAAACUAUUACAGAGCAUGUCUUGCUCUAUUCUAGAUCAAAUCAGGACUCCAGAGGAUAGCAGUCUGUAGACCAGAGACAGAUGAGAUCUGUCCGCAAGACAAAGCCUCGAGUAUCAAAACAAAACUUUCCUACAAUCAAGUUUACUGAGAGGCAGGAUGAACUGGAACCCCAAAUACUGUUUAGACGACAAGUUGAGAAAAAAAAACCCUGGACGCACUUCAACGAAGACUUGGGAGACAAGCCGAGUGGAAGUCAACUCCGGCGACUUUCUUCCAGCUCUGGUUCUUCAAAAGUAAAUCAUUCGCCUCUAAUCAUGUCCAUGGAGCAAGCGACGAGCUAAGUGCUCAAAAGUUCUUGACUCUUUGACGUUGUCCAAGCCCGAGAUUUAGACAUCUGGUCUUCUCUCCAGAAAUCGACCUGUGUAACAGAUAUCGUAAUCUCUGACUGACGUCCACUUCUCGGAGCUUGAGAGAUGGGGAAAUCUCAAUACCUCAAUGCGUCGUUGUUCAUCGUGAUGGCUAUGUCGGUGAUCUCAUCACAGACCUUCUUCACUGUCAACGCUCAAUCUCAAUGCGUGAGCAUAUGCACCAACAAUGCCACGCAGUACAUCAGGCAACAACUGGAUCUCUGCGCAGAGGAUGUCACAAAUCCGCAAUUCUGCCCCAGAACUGACUGCUGCUACGCAGUCGGCAAUCUGAGACACACAAACAACGCGUGUAUCUGCAGAGCAGCCCAACAAUAUUUCUCUCCUGACGUACAGAAAGAAUAUAAUAGGAUCAUAUACGGCUGUUCGGGAAGUGAGAGGAACAUUACAUGCCUCCUCUGACAUGGUGCCGAUGAAAGCUGAAGGGACGGCAAGGCUUUGAAGCUCAGAUCUGCAUCCGAAAUCACCCGGCGUUAUACUCUAGACUUGACCUCGGACCGUAGAUGCGCGGGGCUGGUAAUCAUAUCGUGUACGCAACUAGAAAGGAAACCAAAACAUGAUUUUAGUAAAAAACAUACUUCUGAAUUUAUACGUGUCGCAGUUACUACAUUUUGAUACAGCUCUUUGAAAUCCCAAGAGCAUUGUAACGCUUGAAUGCAACUGAUGCAGGGUGAAUUUUGCCUUAUAUUAUGAGAGCUUCAGAGCUAUCCUCUAAAGCAGCUAGUAUCUCUUUCCUUCAGAAGACUUUCGAGAAUUUUCUGUCUUCAAGCUUCUAAGAGUUGAAACAAGGUUACUAAGAGGUAGCAUUUGUGAAGUGUAGAUACUUCAAACAUAGAUCAAGCAGCAGGACAAUAUCCCCCAUUGACAGAUCUUUUCUUCUCUUACAAAAUCGGAGCUACUCAGCUUCCUGUUAC